UUCGAACGUAUUUAAUGACCUGAAUAUUAUAUAUCAAUUUCAGUAGUUACUAAUCUGUAGGAAUAAUUGCGUGUGUACAUUUUUCAUUUAGCUUAGUGCAUGCAUCGACGAAAUUACAAUUGCUUUACUUUGCUUAAGUUAAUUUGCAGAGUAAAAUCUUAGUGCAUUAUGAAGGACGAAAAGGUUCCAUUCGCAUGUGAUAAUCUACAAAAUAUUGAAUUACAUUGAAAUAUUUCAUCUAGAAAAUUGUCUUUCUUUGUAAUAAAAUAAAUAAAUUUUCUUAAGUAUCCCAUAUCAGUGGUAAAUACUUUAUUUAAGAUUUAAUGGCAAGCAAUAAAUACUUUUCUUCGUUCACUAAAAAAGUCUUAUUAUUUUCUCCAGAAGUGAUAAACGUUACGUAGCAAUAAAUAAGUUGGAAGUAUUUAGAUUAGUAUGUGGAUUCCUUUCAAUGACAGGGAAAGCGAAUUUAUAAUGUUCUUGGAUCGUACGAUACUUGAUUGUAAUUACCAAUUUGCAGCUUCCCGCGUUGCACUUGCUCACAUUUGCUCAGCCGCGUGAAGAUACUAAACACUGUCUGUCCUUAUGAGUAUCUUUUGAAGUACCGUGGAAGUAGUAAUCUGUAAAUUUUACUCAAAGGAGGAUGCCAGUAACUAAACGUAUUCCAUGCCCCUCGCGAUCUGACGGUGGUAGCAGUGAAAGCCCAUUACUUGUGGAAGAAGGAGAAACAGUCGGUGCCCCUCAUAGUCCACGAAGUAAACAUAAUCAUAGCCAUUCACAUGCCAAUCCCCAUAGGUCGCACAGUUAUCGCCAUGAGAAACCGAAACAGUUAAUAAAAUACGGAGAAUUAGUUAUUUUAGGAUACAAUGGAUUUCUCCCUCCAGGAGAUAGAGGAAGGCGAAGAAGUAAGUUUGUUCUGUUUAAGAGGCCUGUACCGAACGGCGUGAAACGCAGCAAACACUAUAUCGUAAAAACACCUCACAGUUCGCAAGCUAUUCUUAACACGAAACAGCAUUCAAUAUCAUAUACCUUAUCCCGAACGCAAGCUGUUAUCGUGGAAUACACCGAAGAUGAGGGAACCGAUAUGUUUCAGGUCGGACGUUCCUCCGAAUCUCCGAUCGACUUCGUAGUUAUGGACACGUGCGCGGGAGGCAACGAUGGAACGAACGAGGGACGCGUUGCCCAGAGCACGAUUAGCAGGUUUGCCUGUCGGAUUUUAGCCGACCGAGCGGAUUCGAGAAUCGCGAGAAUAUAUGCGGCAGGUUUCGAUAGUUCGAGGAAUAUCUUCUUAGGGGAAAAAGCUACCAAGUGGCAAGAGAAUCGCGAGAUCGAUGGACUGACGACGAACGGCGUACUGAUAAUGCACCCGCGGGGUCAGUUUUGCGGCGGGGAGGCUCAGUGCGGUUUCUGGAGGGAAGUGAGCGUGGGCGGCGGAGUUUUCUCGUUAAGGGAGAGUCGAAGCGCCCAGCAGAAGGGGAACGUCGUGGAAGACGAGAACAACAUUUUACAAGAUGGGACGCUGAUCGACCUCUGCGGUGCUACGUUGCUCUGGAGAUCGGCCGAAGGGCUCGCAAAGUCUCCGACGAAGCACGACUUGGAGGAGUUAGUCGACGCCAUAAACGCCGGGAGGCCGCAAUGCCCGGUCGGUCUGAACACCUUAGUUAUACCACGCAAAGCAGCUGCGGACUCCACCCAACAGCAACCGUAUGUUUAUUUGAAGUGCGGACACGUACAAGGCCACCAUGAUUGGGGUCAGGAAAAAGACAAAGCCACGAGAAGAUGUCCGAUGUGUUUAGUAGCUGGUUCGGUAGUCAAACUUUCUAUGGGGAUAGAGCCCGCAUUUUACGUUGAUUGUGGCCCACCUACUUACGCAUUUAGACCCUGUGGACAUAUGGCUACGGAGAAAACUGUUAAAUAUUGGGAAAAAGUAGCGAUACCACAUGGUACAAAUGGUUAUAUUGCAAUUUGCCCGUUUUGCGCGGUUCCGCUUGAAGGAACCCCAGGAUACGUGAAACUCAUUUUCCAAGAUAAUGUAGAUUAAGGUUCGUUUACGUAUGGUCGUGAGUAUGUGUAGAAACCAUUAACUUCUUAUAAAGUGCAAGAAUUAUUAAAAUUAAUAAAAUGUAAAUAAUCUUAAUACAAGUAUAUAAACAAACUUCUGUUUCUCUUCCUCGAUAUGAAUUUAAGAAAAAUUUUCUAUGUACAAAUAGCUCCACACGGUAAUUAUUAAGUAAAUGGCUCUUGAAAUAAACAUCCCUUCUUAUACAGUAUUAUUCAUAUAUAUGUAUAUAUAUAUAUAUACGCAUAUACGUGUGUGUGUAUAUAUAUAUAUGUAUGUUACUCUUUCAAUGUACCGUCGAAUUAGUAGUUUAAGUUAAAAAUGUACAUUUCCAAAAAAAGCAAGUUUAUUUUAUACCUUUAUAAAAAUCUGCCUUCUUUUUGUAAACUAGUAAGAAAAGCAUUGUUAUCGUUAUUUGUAUUUAUUUUCUAAUUAUUCAUA